AAAAUAUAAAAUAUAAAUAGAAAUAGAAAAUCCGUUUUAAUACCAAAACGAAUAUGUUUUGCGCCGUCGAGGAGUGCAGGACCCCCCUGACGGGAAGCAGCCAGAGCUCCUUCAGAUUUCCCAUCGAUUCAAAGCUGCGCCUUCAGUGGACCCUCUUCUGCCGCCGAAUUGACGACAUAAAUUACCCAAUUACGACGCAUUUGCCUGGAGCACUUUGAAAUGGAGGAUUUUGAAAGGGAUUUGCGGCUGGAUCGGGGGGUCUGUGGAUAUCUGACACCCCUCAAACUAAAGCCAGAAGCUGUGCCCAGCCUGCAAUCGCAUCAAGAUAUGGAUUUAGAAAUAGUUGAGGAGCAUUUGCUGCCACCAGAGACAAACGAGGAAACUCUAAUGGUGCAAUACGAUAAAGAGCCUGCCAGGAACCAGCCAGAGGAGUCGGAGAGUGAUUACGAAUUUGAGGAACUGCCUGCGGAGGAGUGUCUGCAAGUACAGGUGGUGGACGCCGAUGGCUACCUUAAGGUCUUGGAGAAGGAAAACUCCGAACUGAAACGGGACAACUUAAUAAUGAAUCUGUCCAUCCAGACCAGCGAAAGGGACACGGAGAGACUGCAACGGCAGCUGGACAAAUCGAAUGACCUCUAUGGACAACUCGUUACAAAUUUGGAGAGGAUAUUCUCCCCGGCCCAAAUCGAAAAGAUUCAGAAUGACAGGCGUAUCGUGUGGCCCAGGGCGGACCUAAUAGAAGCGCAUAAUCUGUAUGCGGCCAGCAGAAGUGUCUGCAACAUCCUGCUGAGAAGGAACUAUCCACUACCCUCUGUGCGGACAAUGCAGUACUGGGAAGCCCGUGAGCGGAACCGAACCGCGAGCGCAGCGAAUCAGACUGCCCAGCGGAGCGCAACAGAGCAGGCCAUGUCCCAUCUGCUCGAGGUCAUUGAUGCGACGAACCUGGUUCACAAUUACACCUAGCGUACACCCACCAUAUCCAUCUAUCCUGAUGUCGUAGAUAACAUCAACUUGGAUCACAAUUAUACAAAGGCCGAGUUCCCAUAAACAAGAUGCCACAUAGUAAGGUGUCGAUCGAGUUUAAUCGAAGCUGCAAACACAUUCAAUUAUUUAGAUACAUCAAUGUGAGGUAUUUUUAUAAAUCAUCAGUUUAUGAAGAUUUGUGUUUUGUUAUGUUUUAAGAGGUUUUAACUCUCUAAAAUGUCUCUGCUCCAUUUCCCGUCGGACUUUUUCGAUUAAAUGUACAUGUAUACAUAUGUAUAAUAGAUUUAAUCAGUAUAAGUUUAAUCAAAGCAUUAUUAUUCGAUGCCAUACGCAAUAUAAUGCCACUGUUCGAUCAACUUUGUUAUGUUCUCACGGGCCAUCCAUUAAGUUGUUGUUACGUUGUACAGGAAACAAUAUUAAAUAGGACUAAGGGAUAUCUGAAUAAAACAGUAAUAUAUAUAUAUAAUAUAAUAA